GUGUGGUUUCCAAGAAUACCUUUGUUGACGAAAGUUAAAAACACAAUGGUAAAAGCGUAAACACAUAUCGAGCUCUCUCUUUCUUCUUCUACAGACACAAAUGUGCAUUGCAAAGGCAACAACCAAACAAUAGUGAAGAGUAAAUAUGGCAACUUGUGCUAGCAAAGGAGGUUGCCCAAGUGACUAUGUAGCGCUUUCAAUUGCCCUAGUGUCCAUCAUCUUACUUCUCAUGAGAGCGGCAUUACCUUACAUGAUUCACAAGAUUCCUAGGCCCAAAGGCAGUAGCUUUUGGCUUGUGGCAGUUCAAGUUAUUGCAAGCUUAAAUCUGGUGUUGUCCAUUGUGAUGGCCCUCAAUUUUCUAAAGUUUAGAAACAGACAUUGGUGGAGGUCUUGCUAUCUUUGGGCAGUCUGGAUUGAAGGUCCACUUGGAUUUGGUUUGCUGUUGAGCUGCCGUAUUACACAGAUAUUCCAACUAUAUUAUAUAUUUGUGAAGAGACGUCUGCCACCAAUUAGAUCCUAUAUUUUCCUUCCGCUGAUUCUCUUGCCAUGGAUAGCUGCUGCUACCUUAAUUCAUAUAAGAAAGCCUCUAAAUUACCGGUGCCACAUGGGGACUCCGUGGAUCAUCCCUGUUAUGGGCCUUCAUGCAGUAUAUGUUGUAGCUUUGAUUACUUUUACUUGGGCUGUGCAUCAUGUGGAAUUCAGAUUUCAUGAACUCAAAGACCUUUGGAGAGGAAGUCUUGUCUCUGUAGCUUCCAUUGGAAUAUGGGUGGCUGCUUAUGUUAUGAAUGAGGUUCGCGAGGAUAUAUCAUGGAUAGAAAUUGCCUCUAGAUUUUUGUUAUUGGUUAUGACAAGUGCGCUUGUGCUGGCAUUCUUCUCUUUCUCAAUUUCUCAACCACUUGUCUCACUUAUGAGCUUGAGGAAGAAGGAUCAUAAGGAUUACAAGACAAUGAGUCAGGCAUUAGGCAUACCUGAUAGCGGGAUUCUAUUACAGAGGGAAUCGACAAGCAUUUUACAUCCCAAUGAACCAUUGGAUAAGCUCCUGCUGAACCGAAGGUUCCGUCAGUCCUUCAUGGAAUUCGCAGACAGUUGUUUGGCUGGAGAGAGUGUGCACUUCUAUGAUGAAGUGCAACAUUUUGACAAAAUUCCUAUUCAAGAUUCAGUUAGGAGAAUUUACAUGGCACGCCACAUAAUAGAGAAGUAUAUAGCUGCAGGAGCACCAAUGGAGGUGAACAUUUCUCACCGAAUCCGGCAAGAAAUUUUGAGUACUAAUGAUCUCUCCCACACCGAUCUCUUCAAAAAUGCUUUAGGUGAAUUGAUGCAGCUGAUGAAACUGAAUUUAGCAAAGGAUUACUGGUCAUCAAUGUACUUCAUGAAGCUGAAAGAGGAUAUCCGCAUGAGAGCAGUUGAUCAGGAGCUGGAACACGUUGGUGGUUGGAAUUUUUCCCCAAGAUUGAGUUCUGUCCAUUGUAGUGAUGACCCUUUCCAGCAUGAACAUAGCCCCAAAAAUUCUGGCUGCCAUAAUCAUGAUUCAGAAAUGCGAUGACAAGACAUGUGAGGAGGGGUCAUGGCUUUCCAACUUGAUGGAGUCGCAUAUAUUUGGCUGUGAACAGGAAGAGGAGGGAGCCUAAACAAUCCUGCAUAUCCCAAUAGAUUGGGCAAAAGAAACAUGAUAUUCAUCUUCACAUGAUUCUCCUGUUCAUAAAGAAUUGGAGCCUUGAAUACCGAAUUUUGCUGUGCGGGGCCGUUCAUGCUAUUUGGACCUGAGAGUAAAGCCAAGAAGAUCCUUGCAUGUGAAAGCACAGGGAUCUUGUUGGAAGACUGAAAGUGGGCUUCUCCAAUAUCAAAUAGAGGAAUCUAUGUUGUCACUUGUGGGUGGCCAAUGGCAAUUUAUGUUGUCUGUUAGAUUCAGCAAUGAAUGAGGACAUAUACUACUGGUUAUUUAGCAUACUUUGUAUCUAAUUGGAAUUUCCGAUGUGUAAAUUACUAGACUUGUUAUAUAAAUCAACAUGUGAAGAAAUUUUGGUAUC